GUCACAAGGAGUUGCAAGCCAGAGAAAAUAUGGCUACUACUCCUGGAUUUCUCACUGAUUGGCCUUGGAAGCACCUCGGAAGCUUUAAGUACGUGAUUUUGGCUCCAUGGAUAGCUCACAGCGUUUAUUGUUUAGCAACGAAAGAGCAAGAUGAGAGAGAUUCCACCAAUUUGCUCAUAGUUCCUUUUCUACUCUCAAGGAUGGUUCACAACCAGCUGUGGAUUAGCUUCUCUCGUUAUCGAACAGCCAAAGGCAACAACCGCAUUGUUGACAAAGGCAUCGAGUUUGAUCAAGUCGACAGAGAAAGCAACUGGGACGAUCAGAUAAUAUUGAACGGGAUUGUACUUUAUGUGUUUAAUACGAUGACUUCAGCAGCUACAAACUUGCCAUUGUGGAGAUCAGACGGUGUAAUCAUGUCAAUUUUCCUUCAUGCCGGACCUGUUGAAUUUCUCUAUUAUUGGCUCCACAUAGCCUUGCAUCAUCAUUAUCUCUACUCUCGUUAUCAUUCUCAUCAUCACUCUUCUAUUGUAACUGAGCCCAUCACAUCUGUGAUUCAUCCGUUUGCUGAGCAUAUAGCAUAUUUCCUGCUAUUUGGUAUUCCAACAUUAUCAACAGUGUUCACGGGGACUGCUUCCCUGGCUUCUCUCUUUGGCUACAUUACUUAUAUUGAUCUCAUGAAUAAUAUGGGGCACUGCAACUUUGAGUUCAUUCCCAAGUGGAUUUUCUCCAUCUUUCCCCCUCUCAAAUACUUGAUGUAUACGCCCUCGUUUCACUCCCUGCACCAUACUCAAUUCCGAACAAAUUAUUCGCUCUUUAUGCCAUUCUAUGACUACAUCUAUGGGACCCUGGACAAGUCUACCGAUUCACUAUAUGAAAAAUCACUAAAAAGGCAAGAAGAUUCAACAGAUGUGGUACAUUUGACACAUUUGACAACCCCAGAAUCCAUUUACCAUCUCAGGCUAGGAUUUUCCUCACUGGCCUCAAUGCCUCAAAACAAAAAAUGGUACAUUUGGUUCAUGUGGCCAGUCACUUUGUGGACUAUGAUCACCAACUGUUUCUAUGGACGCACUUUCAUUUUGGAGAGAAAUAACUUGGAAAAGUUUAAAUUUCAAUCUUGGUCCAUACCAAGAUACAAUUUACAGUACUUAUUGAAUUGGCAAUCACAAGCUAUUAACAGCUUGAUAGAGGAUGCUAUAUUACAAGCAGAAGAAAAAGGUGCCAAGGUCUUAAGUCUUGGCCUUCUAAACCAGGGCGAGGAACUUAACAGAAAUGGAGAAAUUUACAUAGAAAGACACCCUAAAAUAAAGAUCAAGGUGGUGGAUGGAAGUAGCCUGGCAGUUGCUGUUGUGCUAAACAGCAUCCCUAAAGGAACAACAAAAGUGCUUCUCAGAGGAAACCUCACUAAAGUUGCCAUUUCUAUUGCUUCUUCUCUGUGUCAAAGGGGCAUCCAGGUGGCUACUUUCUACAAAACUGACUACGAGAAACUUAAACUUGCUACUAGCUGUCAGGGUAAUUUCGUGCUGUCAAAGACAUUUGAUCAGAAGAUAUGGGUAGUUGGAGAUGGAUUAACAGAGGAAGAGCAAAUGAAGGCAGCAAAAAGGACACUUUUCUUCCCAUUCUCGCAGCUGCCUCCUAAAAAAGCUCGCCACGACUGUUUCUAUCACCACCCUCCUGCAAUGCUAGCUCCCUCUUCUCUACAAAAUUUGCAUGCUUGUGAGAAUUGGCUACCAAGAAGAGCAAUGAGUGCGCCAAGAGUGGCUGGAAUUGUGCAUGCCUUAGAAGGAUGGGACGUACAUGAGUGUGGAGACAAGAUGAUUGACGUUGACAAGAUUUGGGAAGCAAGCCUCAAGCAUGGAUUCAAACCUUUGGCUUUUGCUGAAUGAGAUAAAACAAGAAAUUUAUCAUCUUUAACUAUAAAUUAAAUAAUCUAAAACUGCGAUCGAGCUUAUGCCUUAUCUAUUUCUUGUACUCUAUAUGGUUUUUUGUCAACUAAACAAUACAAAUGAAAGUUACUUUGA